AUACAAAAAAAGUGUACGAACCAAAGACGCAAUGUCGUCAUCAGCCUUACCGCCACCUGGCAACCUACCUUCGUGGUCUCGGGUCUCUACACUUGACCGGUCGAGAUAUCCAAAACCAUUUUUGCGGGAUCGUAUUCCUUUACCACCAGGUGGCACCACAAUAACGACGGAUUCCGCAGCGAUGAUGGAUUUCAACGCAAGUCUUGGGAACGUUGGCGUAAAAUUUCUGGAUAAAAUGCCGACAGGAAAUCAACAGCACGCAUUUCGUUACGAUAAAAGUAUUCAAUUUCUACAAGAUCAACAUGCGAACACAUUGAAAAAGCUACACGAAGAAUUAGACUUCCUAAAGCGGGAGAACAAGGAAUUACAAUUCAAAAUGCUACUUGCACAUAGAGGAAACACUCCUCUACCUCCAUCUUCAAAGCAAACACAAGAAUCUGACAUCAAGACUCUUCUUCUCCAGGAAGAAGUUAAAGAUUUACAACAAGCUCUACAGGAAUCUACUUUGAAAAAUAAAGAAAUGCAGCAUGCAAUUUUCAUGUUACAAUCUCAAGGUAAAAAUACAGGUGAACGUCACAGCUCUGGCGACGGGGAGCGCACCAAAACACACAGAAGAAAGUAUUCUGUUAGUAGUCUUUCUACACCGUUGCCCUUAAAUGCAACGCUUAACCCUCUACAAAUUCGUGAGGGAGUAAAUGAAACUUCUCGUGUGCCAUCGAUGUCCGAAUGUGAAACGAUAAUUCAACGUCUUCAUGAGGUCAAUUGUCAGCAAUUAGCGGAAUUGUCUCGCCUUCGUAACGACAUGCGUAUUUCAUCAAGAAAUUCAACACCUGAGCCAUAUAUUUCAAAAACCGUCGGACUCGCUGAUAACGAGUCGUUUUCUGAUACAAGAUUACCUCGUAUACCAGUGAAGCCGAUUGGUAAAAAGUCAAUCAAAAGUGCAAGCUCUGCUUUGGAAGUCAAAAUAUCUCUCCCUGCACUAACUAACACCAUUUCCUCUAAUAUAGCGGAUCGUCAAAAACGACAGAACGCUCUCCAAAAACAAAAGAAUAAUAAAACCUAUAAGUAACAUAACACGAUCAAUUUUGUACAAUGACUGUUAAAAAAAUUUAGGAAAGAAAAAAUCAAGCCAAAUUAAAUUUUCAAUACUGUGUUCGAUUAAUUGUGUAAUGAACAUUGAUUUCAAAUUUGGUACUAAACUGUUGUACCCAUUUAGGUAGAAUUGACUACCGGUAAUAUAUUUAAUUUUAGCAAGCUAAUAUAGGAUUUGGUUCAUGCCAAUGGUUCUCAAACUUUCAAGAUUGUGGCCCCAACCAAAAGACUCUCGACACUCCGUGGCGCCCUGAUUUUUCACAAAAAUACCUAAUGUCUAGUUUUUAUCCUUUUUUUAUUUGGCACAUUCAAUAUUAAACAGCCAGUAAACAAAAGUAAAACAAUUUACAGUCAAAGAACUAGACAAAUUGAAGGUAAUCUACUUUGAAUUAAUGUACAGUAGGCCUACCCAUCUCAAAUAGUAAAUUGUAAAUGUCUUUGAACUUUGACCCCUUUGAUCCAAGGGCCAAGUUUGAGAAGCCCUGGUUCGCACUUUCAGAACACCCUGUUAAUAUUAUCAAUACCAGCUUUUCUAGAGAAACUAUUUGCUAAAUAAAUAGAAUUAUUUUUCACAGUAUUAGAUAGGAUAUGUUAGUCAACUUUUGGACAAACUCCUAGCUAUUUCCCCUCACAAUCUUGACUUGACCAAGUCUCAAUUCUUGAUACGAGUGGGCCUAUAUAGCCUAUUGAUUUAUUUAUUUUCUAUAAACCACAUUUUUUGCUGUUAAACUAAGAUUUGUAUGAAGUUUCACUCAAUAAAAAAUUGUCACACAUAAUAAUUUAGGUUUUUUGCAAAAUUUUCCAUUCAUGUAAUUCAAAACUUGCAAAAUUCUAUAAUAUUAAAUAUUUCUAAUGGAGAAUUUGACACUCUCUUUGAUUCUUGAAAUUGAGUCUGUAUUUUUGUAUUUUCUCCUGUUUGCUUCAUUAUUGAAGUUUUAUUUUUUUUUCACUGUGAUGUUGUGUUUUAGUAGAUUUAUAUUUGCUUUGCCUCUGAUAAAAAGCUGCAUUUAUUUUUGUGAUUUUAAGUUUCUUAAAAGUUGAUUUUUUAAAGAAAAAUAGAUGUUAUAUUUGAUCAGAAAUUGAAAAAUGUCUCACUGUUCAAGAUUGCAGUUUACCAUUAUUUCAAUUCAUUGUAAGACAUGCAUCUGAAUAAUUAGAUGUUCUCACACCAAAAUGGUCUGAAUGAAACACUCCAAUAGGAUUGAGCAAUCUUGCAUAGUUUUCAAACGAAAUCGGUCCUUAUCAUUAUAGCUGAUAAGCUGCGGCCCACCAUGUAGGUAAUUAAACUGUCUGGCAUAGUUUUGAACCAAAUCUGGUCUCAUGGAUGUGUUGUAGGCUGCGGUCCACCAUAUGAUUAAAAUGUCCUGAUUUUCCCACAGGAUAAGUACAAAAGAAAUACUAUCAAAAAUUGCACCUUUUUUCAUGGCUGGAGAUUACAAAUGGCGAGUUUAACUGUGUGUAAUUAUUAUCAUUACAUGAACCUUCUUACAGUAGCAUGAAUACCUGAGGCUGUAUUUCUGUGUUCAACCCUCGCUAAUAUCGCUGGUAUAAUAACUCUGGUCAAAUUCUAAGAACAAAUUAAAGCGAAUUGACAGUUUGCGAUAGCACCUGGAACUACGUGAAUGUUAUUGGUUCAUUCUGUGAUUUUAGACGGCCAGUUUUUCAAUUUCUGACCAAAGUUUUAUGUCUCACUGUUUUACCUGGUGAUUUUCGAAGCCUUUUUUUUCGUGUUUUUUCUUAAUUUCCUAAAUUUGGUGCUCAAAUGGUUGACAAAACCCAAACUUUAACACUAAACCAUUCCCAGUAUAUUCAACUAUAUUUUCUUAGACUCUAUGAACUAUAGAAACAUUUCAUUUUUCAUAAAUUUGGAGCUGUGUAGGGAGAAUUCCAUGGAAAAAAAUUUGCUGUUUCUUCCACUUUUUGCGUAUGUACGUAUACUGACAGGCACAGCACAACUCCCAUUUCACGCAGGUGCUUAGACUGCUGGCUAUACUGUACCCUGAAGAAAUAUGGCAAUUGGUCAUUUUCCAAAUAAAAUUAACCCUGUCAUUUAAUAAAACAUAUUAUAUUUAGCAAAUUUGACACAAAAAUUUUAUUAGCACAAAUUGCCAAUUUUGGUCAUAAAAUGUAAAAUACAAUGUGUGUAAUCAAAUGUAUAAUUUUUUAUGAAUUCAAACUGGACUAUACCACAGCACUCUCAACAAAUCGUUAAUUCAUUAAUGAAAGUCCAUUGACCCAUUAGUGUCCUCUACCAUUAACCAAAUACAUGGAUAGAAAUCAAUUCAAAUUAGCAUUAGCUGUAUUUAAUCUGUAAAAUUUAAAAUCUGACAAGUCUUAAUAAUGCACAAACCUAAUAUUACUUGGUUUUCAAGCAAGUACUAAAAAAUAUGGACAUCCCUGAUUUUAGAAAAUACUGACUUUACCUUUUUAGUUGUUGUCGUCUCUCUAGGUUUUUAAAUACUUUGUGCUUUUAGAUAUUUAUAGGUGCUUUAUAGAACACAUCAGUGACUUUGUGUAGUUUUAACUUAUUUCAAUAAUAAAUGGCGUUUAUGUUUUGAAUA